CCCGCCCCCGCCACCGCCACCGCCCCCACGUCCACGCUCAAACUGUACUGCUCCAGAUUCUCGAUCCUUCUUUUCCUCAUGGCGACGGCCGUCCGGCCGGUGUUCUGCGAGCUCAAGUCCACUAAACCGGCGGUCUCCCUCCCUGUUCAGAGAGUCAGGGGCUCCGAGCUGUUGCCGACGACCAAGGAUAACGUGAAGAUCGUCUUGCAGCCUCGCCUCUGCACUCUCCGAUCGUACGGAUCCGACCGCGCCGGCGUGAUCAAGCCUAGAAAGGACGGACGCGACGACGAAGCUUCUCCGUUCUUCGCGACGCUGUCGGACUACAUCGAGAGCUCCAGGAAGAGCCAGGACAUCGAGACCAUCUCCGGCCGCCUCGCCAUGAUUGUGUUUGCGGCGACGGUGACGCGGGAGGUGGUGACGGGGAGCUCGGUGUUCAGCAAGAUGGACUUGCAAGGGAUCGCCGAGACGGCGGGCGUGUGCUUCGCGGCCGUGGCCUGCGCGGCGACCUUUGCUUGGUUUUCGUACGCGCGAAACAGAGUGGGGCGAAUUUUCUCCACCAGAUGCAGCAGUUUGAUCGAUGCGUUGAUUGACCAGAUUAUUGAUGGCUUGUUCUAUGAGAGCGAACUAACCGAUUGGUCCGAUGAGAUUUGAGGCCGCAUAGAGAAGAGAGAAGAUCACGAAUUCAAGACGUCGUGGCCAGAAAGGUAUCGAAAACCUUGCUUUGUGCUACCAUUUUGCAGAUUAAUCUUUGAAUUAAGUUACUAAUUAGGCCCGCGUAAUUAAGAAAGUAUACAGAUGAAUAUGAUGGCGCGUUGCAAUGAAGCCUAUGAUAAAAUAAAGACUAUAACAAGGACGACAGAGUAGUGAAUCAAAUUUAAGCAUCCAAUUUAAGAUUUGUUUGGUAAUUGGUAUAUACCUUGGAUGUUGCUGAUAGGUAGGAGUGCUCAUAUCUCAUGGGCAUAUGUGCAGUUCGAGGGUUGGCUUGUAUACAAAUUUCUUUUGUGUACACUCUAAUGAAAUUGAGCUGGGUUCAAGUA